AUUUCCCAGCCUAUCCAUAUCCGUUGGAAGCUCAAGUUUUCAGGUGGGAACUUUAGCGCGGAGAGGCAGAGCUCGUCCUUUUACCUCCGUCCUCGUCAAUGGCGGCUCUUGUAUCCACCACUCCAAUCAGAACAUCGUUAAACAUUUCCGGUCCUUCUUCCCCUUUCAAGGGAAACGUGGCGAGUCUGAGAGCAAAACCAUGCAAUUUCAAUCCGGUCAUCAGGACCCACUCGACGAGCAGACCUCAGGCGAGACCAUUCAUGGUGGUUAACCAAAGGGCCUCUGCUGCGGCCGCGGUUCCGGCGGUUGGCGAGCGGUUCCGGCUGGACAAUUUGGCGCCGCAGCCAGGUUCGAGGAAGAAAGCCAAGAGAAAGGGAAGAGGUAUCGCCGCCGGGCAAGGUAACAGCUGUGGGUUUGGAAUGAGAGGACAGAAAUCCCGGUCGGGUCCUGGCGUGAUGAGAGGAUUCGAAGGUGGGCAGAUGCCUCUCUACCGUCGAAUCCCUAAAUUGCGGGGAAUCGCUGGAGAAAUUGACAUGAUCCGCUUGUCCUAUUGUAUUGGGCAAGGCAUGCAUGCUGGUUUACCUAAAUAUGUCCCGGUCAACUUAAAGGACAUAGCAGAAGCAGGAUUUCAAGAGGGUGAGGAGGUUUCGCUGGAGAGUUUGAAAGGAAAGGGCUUAAUCAAUCCAUCGGGGAGAGAAAGGAGACUUCCUCUUAAGAUUCUAGGUGAUGGGGAGCUCGACGUGAAGCUGAACUUCAAAGCUCGAGCCUUUUCGACGUCAGCCAGGGAGAAGCUGGAAUCUGUUGGCUGCUCGAUCACUGUCUUACCUGGCAGAAAGAAGUGGCUGAAGCCAGCAGUUCUCAAGAACCUUGCUAGAGCUGAUGAAUACUUUGCAAAGAAAAGAGCUGCUGCAGCAGAGGCUUCUUGAUCUGUGUACUAUAUUAAGCAGGAAAUUGCCCGCAAAAUGUAGAACAGCCCGAGCAGAGGUUCUAUAGUCUGUGUCCUAAACAAGAGCUCUGGUUUCUUCACUGCCUUAAUUGUAGUUGACAGGUCAGUUUCAGCAGAAGAAAGUGGACCUUUUCCGGAACCUUUUCCAAAGAUUGCUAUCCAUUUAACCUAGCAGAAGAAAGAAGAAGAGACUGGGGGUAGGAAAUUCUGUUAUUGGUUUGUUAACCUAGCCGUUGUGGCUUAGGCGGCUUUUUUACCAAUUGGUCACAAUUACAGUUUGGUCCUCCCAUGUUCUAUUUACGACAAUGAACUUCUAAAUUCUUGCAAUCAAGUCCUAACUCGCACAACUCCCCUUCCCUUGUGCAAAGACUUGUCCUCAAGUCUAAAAUGCUGGA